UGUUAUCUUGAACGUUUUUUUGGGUCACACAAUUUCUGUACUGCCACCUCCAUUAAUUAGCAGGCAUAUACUUCAGUGUACAUGUAACUCAGCCAUGGACAUGGGUAACCAUCUUCUCCUCCUCCUCAUCGUUGUCGUUAACCUCCAUGCAUUUAUGCACACUGCCAACUGCGAUGAACUCAUCUUCAACGGCUUCUCCGAGGCAAAUCUGAAGCUGAGUGGCCAAGCGUCUAUGGUAGGCCGUGCUAUAAGGCUCACUGGUGGCAUCACCCUGACAGAAGGGGAUGCUUUCUACAGCAGGCCCCUCGAUUUCAGUAGCAACUCCAGUGGUGGUGGGACCUCCUUCUCGACAACCUUCGUGUUUGCCAUCAAUUCUGACACCAUCGAAAACCCCUCGGGAGCUCCUGGAAUGGCUUUCGUGCUCUCUUCCACCAUGGAGCUGCAACAUCUGCACAACAACUCAGUGGUUCAGGGCCAGCUGGGUUUCAGUGAUGUAGGAGGUAACAGCUCCAACUCAGGUGACCAAUUCUCCUUUACAAUCGAGCUAACAUACAUCAAUGACCACCUUGUUGAGAUCGAUGUUAAAAGCUUAGUCUCCGUUAACCAUACCACCAGCUCCAACAGGGCUAGCAGGGCUAGCAACAUGUUUGAAAGCACCAAACUUAGCAGCGCGAAACCGAUGCAAGUGUGGAUACACUAUAAUGGCACGGAGCAAAUGCUAAAUGUCACUUUAGAAGAAUUCGAUGAUCAUGUUGAACGGUCUAAACCGCUGAGCCUGCCACAGUUAUCGUCCACUGUCAAUUUCCCACCUUUGUUGUCAAACUCUGAGCAUGUAUAUGCUGGGUUCUCUGCUGCAAAUGGAAAAACAUAUUGCAGCCGAUAUGUUAUUGGAUGGAGUUUCAUGAAAAAUGGACAAGCACCACCACUAAACCCCUUGAAUCUCCCUCAAGUCCUGCCAAAUCCUCAGCAUCAGAAAAAGCACAUCCUACUCAUAGUUUCCCUUGUCACUUUGGUUCCCAUAGUCUUUGUCCUUGUGCUUAUAUUUUCCUACGAUAUCAGGUCGUGGUUGAAAACAAACCUUGCACAUGAAAAAUGGGAAAUUGACUGUGGGAUGUUGCAAUCUUUCACAUACAAAGAUUUAUUUAUUGCCACCAGCGGGUUCAACAAAAAGGCGUUCCUAGGAAAAGGAGGAUUUGGGAAGGUCUACAAGGGUGUGCUGGCUGUCCCUGAGCAGACUAUUGCAAUCAAGAGGGUCUCACCAGAAUCAAAGCAGGGAAUGAAAGAAUUCAUGGCUGAAAUCGCAAUUCUUGGUCACCUCCGCCACCGUAACCUUGUCCAACUAAUUGGCUACUGCCGCCACAGGCAGGAGCUUCUUUUGGUCUAUGACUAUAUGCCCAACGGUAGCCUUGAUAUGUAUUUGCAUAAAAAGGAUAAGCCAACUCUGGACUGGGCUCAAAGGCUUCACAUCAUCAAAGGGGUCGCGGCUGGCCUUGUGUACUUGCAUGAUGACUGGGAGCAGGUUGUUAUCCAUCGAGAUAUCAAGGUGAGCAACGUGCUCCUUGAUGAUGGAAUGAAUGGAAGGCUAGGUGAUUUUGGCCUUGCAAGGUUGCACGGACAUGAAGCCGACGCCCAUACCACGCGUGUGGCAGGCACCUGGGGUUACAUUGCUCCUGAGCUGGCUAGGCUCGGGAAGGCGACCAAGGCAACAGACGUGUAUGCAUUUGGCAUAUUCCUGAUGGAAGUUGCAUGUGGAAGAGGGCCACUUGAGGCGAAUGCCCAUGGUGAACCUCUGGUGCUAGCAGACUGGGUGUUCAACAGAUGGCAAACUGGUUCACUCAUCGAUGCCAUGGACACGAGGUUAGAACAGGGCCAUGUCACUGAAGAGGUAGAAUUAGUGCUAAAACUUGGACUUCUAUGCUCCCACUCGCUCCCCAAGGAAAGGCCAUGCAUGCGACUCGUAAUGCAGUACCUGGAAAGCGACGCAACACUCCCAGAUUUCCCCCCAUGUUUUUUCACUGCUAAUUCAAACAAGGAUGAAGGAUCUGAAGAUCAGGUUGUGGCCCCUCCCUCAGCGGCAACAUCUAUUACAGGCCUUUCUGGAGGAAGAUGAAAGAUGUGGUGCCCGGUGAGAAUGGUGAUCAGAGAUUCAGUGUAUCGCCAUCAAACCUCCCUACUACUACUACAAGUAUUUGAUGACAAAGGAGGAUGCCAUUUAUGAGACUCAAUAUCACCACUCAUCAUAAUGUAUUUCUACAAUAAGGUUCAAUGUAUGGAAUAAUAAUUAGAGACAAUAUGUACCAUAAAUCUAUAUAUAAAGCAAGCUUGUGACGCUCUCUAAGGCGAAGAUGUUGUAUUUAUGUUAUUUCUUCA